UCAUAAUGAAUAAAGGUUUCCGGCCUACGUUACAGGGGUAAUGCUGUUUUUUUGGUCAAUUGUAUAAACCAAGUAGGAACAUAGACAUCGAGUGGUCUGAUCUAUUAAGGUUCAGCGGAUCUGCUGUAACUGAAACAAAUCAUGGAUAUCCCCAAUCACCCCGAAGAUCAAGAACUGAGGAAUGUCAUCGACAAGCUGGCCCAGUUUGUCGCUCGGAAUGGGCCAGAGUUUGAAAAGAUGACGAUGGAGAAACAGAAGGACAACCCUAAGUUCUCCUUCCUCUUUGGGGGAGAAUACUUCAGCUACUACAAGUGCAAGCUUGCUAUGGAGCACCAACAGCAUCCUUCUGCCCACGAUGGGGAGGAGUAUAAAUCUGAAGAAAUGUACAACCCAGGCACCAAAGACGUGGUUGAUAUCCCUCCUCCAACAAUACCGAUGAUUGCUCCGCUUCCGAUUCCUCCGCCUGCAGCGCCGGCUCUGGAUGAGCUCAUCCAACAGAGCCAAUGGAAUCUGCACCAGCAAGAGCAGCAUCUGCACACACUCAGACAGGAACAAGUGACUGCAGCCAUAGCUCUGGCUAUGGAGCAGCAGACCCAAAAAAUGCUGCUAGAAACUCAGUCGGACAUCACAGAGUUUGACAACCUGCUGCAGCCCAUUAUAGACACCUGCACCAAAGACGCCAUCUCUGCUGGUAAGAACUGGAUGUUCAACAACGCCAAGACUCCACAGCACUGUGAACUGAUGACAUCACAUCUUCGCAACCGCAUCAUUGCUGAUGGAGCGCAUUUUGAGCUCCGCCUACAUCUCAUCUAUUUAACCAAUGAUGUUCUCCAUCACUGCCAGCGGAAGCAGCAGAAGGAUUUGUUGGCAGCACUGCAGAAAGUUGUGGUUCCCAUCUACUGCACCAGCUUUCUGGCCGUAGAGGAAGAGAAGCAGCAGAAGAUAACUAGGUUGUUGCAGCUGUGGGAGAAGAAUGGGUACUUUGACGAGGAGACCAUUCAGCAGCUCCAGAAUCCAGCCCUGGGCCUCGGCCAGUACCAAGUGAGUGGAAUGAAAUUUAAGGCUUUACUUAUUUCUCAAGACAAUAUUUACCUCAGGUUUUCGAAGUCCUUUAAUUGUCCCUUUACUGUAAGGGAAUAGAAUGUUUUUAUACCUUUUUCCAGGAUUUAAAUCUCUGAUCUGUUUCAUUUGGCUUGUUCCCGGGAUCAUAAGCACACCAUUGAAGUAUUCGUAGUUUAUGAUCUAGUUUAUAUUAUCCUCUUAUCAUGUUCCAGAUUUUUAAUUGGAAUUUGAUCCAUGGAUUUUGCAAAUUGUCUCCCCAAAUUUUCGUUAGCCAAUACUGCAUGAAUUGGGGAUCUUUCAUAAUGGAGAGUUAGAUGUCUUUCCACCUUGCACAAUAAAUUGGGGAACACAAUUAAUUAAGGGUUUAAUCUGGGCAGCAUAGAAGUAAUCCUUAAAAUUGGGUAGAGUCAUUCCUCCUUCCUCCUUUGGGAGUUGUAGGUUUAAAUUUAACCCUGGGUAUUUUUCCCUGCCAAAUAAAUCUUGAAAUGAUUUUAUUCAAUUCAGAAAAUUGUUUUGAGGGAAUUUUCUACAGGAAGUGCUUGAAAUAGGAAGAGAUAUAGUGGAAGAAUGUUUGAUUCAGAUUUAGUUUAUAUCCUGCAUAUCUACCAAAUCUUUCUAGCAGGUUCAUUCAUUAAAAAAGAGUCAGAGGGGGUACUUAAAUAUUGCUGCCGGAAAUGGGCUUCAAUAUAAAGGCAUAUGAUUGUCUUAAAAUUAAAGUCUAUGCUGCUUUACAGUGUUGGGAACGAAAGGGAGCGUGGUUGGUUAUCAGCAAAUAUGAAACUAAACUAUCAACGGAGUUAUUAACAUCAAUAAGUUCAUUAGCAAUUAUUAAUAAUAACAGGGCACCACCCUGCAAACAGGGACCGAUAACCAACCUAUAAAUUGACUCUCAAAAUUAGUUUUCACUCAGAAUGUCAAAGUGCUGUUCUACAAUCAGAGCGAACAGUGAAGGUUGAAUUUUGGGCACAGGCUACUACAUCCAGCUGUUAUCACACACAAGUAAUCACAGAAGACUGCUCUUUAAAAUAUAACAGUUUAUUAAAUCCAAAUAAUAAAUGAUCAUAUCAAAUAAUAUCAAAAGCCAACAAACACUAUCAUACAAUUAUAUGUUUCAUACCUAAAGUCAAGUGAACAAACUGUGGUGUGAGAAUAUAUAUAUGUACAUGUAUGUAUAUGGGGGGUGUAUAUGUGUACAGACAGGGAGGAGCAAACUACUCAGACAGUGGUAGAAUGCAGUGGUGGGCCGUCAGGGUCAGCAAGGCCUUCUCUGCUGGCCUAAACAGAAUCACAAAGUUAUAGCUAU